GUCAGUUGUAACCACAUUUUUCUCGCUUUUGCUGUCUUCUCCGCUGAAUUUCAGACACUAGUUUCUGUCCGAAAAUUUUCAGCUGUUAAAGUCACCUCUUAUUUUUUUCCUAUAAUUAAUUAAAAAUAGAAAAAUCAAAGAAUGUCAUCGUUUCUCAGCUUUCCGGCUAUUUCACCGCACCCAUCUGCGUUCGCCGGCGCUUCAUUUCGUCCUCCCUCCUUAUCUCCCCGAUUGUGCAAGUCUUCUGUUAAGUGCAGCUAUGCUGAAGCUACAAUUGACAUUGUGGCAGAUGUCAAAUCUGAAAGGGUUGUAGUUCUUGGAGGCAAUGGUUUCGUUGGCUCAGCGAUCUGCAAACAAGCAAUCUCCAACGGAAUCGAGGUUGUAAGUGUCAGCAGGUCUGGUCGUCCUAGCUUGCAAGAUUCAUGGUUGGAUCAAGUUACAUGGGUUACUGGUGAUGUUUUCUAUUUGAACUGGGAUGAAGUACUUCUCGGUGCUACGGCUGUAGUUUCGACCAUUGGUGGUUUUGGUAAUGAAGAACAGAUGAAAAGAAUCAAUGGUGAAGCUAACGUUAUCGCUGUGAAUGCUGCUAAGGAUUUCGGGGUUCCUAAGUUUGUCUUGAUCACUGUUCACGACUACAAUCUUCCACCGUUUGUUCUAUCCAGCGGCUAUUUCACCGGAAAACGUAGCGCAGAGGCAGAACUCCUCUCCAAGUAUCCCAACUCCGGAGUUGUGCUGAGACCUGGUUUCAUAUAUGGGAAAAGAAAAGUGAACGGAUUCGAGGUCCCGCUUGAUCUGGUCGGGGAACCACUAGACAAGUUAUACGAUGCUGCAGAGAGGUUCAUUAGACCGUUGAGGUCUCUCCCUGCGUCUGAUCUCGUCUUGGCUCCACCGGUUAAAGUCGAUGAUCUAGCACUAGCUGUGAUAAACGCCGUUAAAGAUGAUGAUAUCUUUGGCAUUUUCACUAUUGAACAGAUCAAAGAAGCAGCUGCAAAAAUGAGAGCUUUUAGUUACUAAUAUAGCUUCUUCUGUUCCUCUCCCUAUGCAUCGUUUGUAAUCACAUAUAUAUUUGCUUGUUCAACGUAAAUUUUCGGGACCGGAGAUUUCUGUGUUAAUUAGGUUUUUUUUUUUUUCUUCUCAACUUCAACUUUUAUUCACCUAUAAUUUGGUACAAAGAUUUU